AUGGCCACCGACGACCUGUACAAUCCGGGCAACUCGCCACGGUCCGAGAUCGACUCUGACGAUGACCUCGAUCGCGUCGGCCCUUCGCGUCGCAACCGUAACCAGAAGUCCAAGGCCAAGCAGAACGUCAACGCAUGGGAGGGAACGUAUAAACGCUCUUGGGACCAGGUGCAGGAGGACGAGACGGGUGGACUUCAAUCGACCGUCGAGAGCCUCCUGGCGCGGGGAAGGCGGAAGCGCGCUCUCCAGUCCGAGGCACCGCUACGCCGAUCACUGGUGCGACACAUGUUCAUCGUGGUGGACCUGUCCGAGAGCAUGCGUGACAUGGAUUUCCGACCAGACCGCUUCCAGUUGACGCUGCAGUAUCUGCGGUCGUUCGUGGUCGAGUGGUUUGACCAGAAUCCACUGGGCCAGGUCGGUGUCAUCCUCCUCCGCGAUCGGCUGGCGGAGAUGCUCGUGCCAAUGGGAGGAAAUCCGCAGGACAUUGUGGCAGCGCUGGCGGAUAAGCGCAAACUCGAGCCGAGUGGCGAGGCGUCGUUGCAGAACGGUCUCGUGAUGGCUCGCGGCGGGAUGAGCCACCUUCCCUCGACCUCAUCGCUUGAAACCCUCGUCAUCUUCAGUGCAAUCUCUACCGCCGACCCCGACGGACCUAUCAACAUUCACCAGGUUCUCGAUGAGCUGGUACAGGCGCGCAUCCGGACGACGGUCAUUUCUCUGUCGGCCGAAAUCAAGAUCUGCAAGCAGAUCGCGGAGCGGACGGGCGGCCGCUUCGGCGUUGCCAUCGAUGAGGAACACUACAAGGAUUUGCUGUGGGAGACUAUUCCGCCGCCGGCCCAAACAAUCGCGCCCGUGACUAUGGGUGUGCGCGACGCAUUAGCUCGCGGCGGACGGGCCGCACCGGGCGGCCAAACUCGACCACCACCCGCUGGCGAUCUCAUGGUCAUGGGAUUCCCGACCCGCCUCCCUCCCGCGGGUGAGAGCUUCUGCGCUUGUCAUGGCCUCCUCAGGCGUGGAGGUUACAUGUGUCCCCGCUGCGGGGUCAAGCUGUGCGAUGUGCCCACCGACUGCGAGGUGUGUGGGCUUAUGGUCGUCAGCAGCCCACACCUUGCUCGAAGCUUCUGGUUACUCUUCCCCGUUGCCGCGUACAAGACUCUACCCAUUGACGGAUUGGAAGAACUCAAGCUCGACCAAUCUUGCUUCGGCUGCAAUGAGCCGUUCCCAUCGAUGUCGUCUGUCGCCGAUGCACCACCACCAGCCGACCACACAUUGAGCCCCACCGGGCGCUACCGCUGUGCCAAGUGCGAGCACGACUUCUGCAUAGACUGCGACAUGUACGUGCACGAGACGCUACAUACGUGCCCCGGCUGCUCGCAGUAA